CGUUGAGCUGCGUAUGCCAGCCAGCGUUCAACCAGUUCGCCAGUUUCAAUCGGUUUAGAACGUUUAUCGAGUGAACACUGUGUGCGGUCAUUGGCGCAGAACGUUUUAUUUUAAAACGUUGGCGCGUGUUUCGUUCGUGUUUAAAAAGGUUUUCUUUUUUCUUGUAUAUCUGGUGUUAAAAGAGUGUAAGUUGCGGAAAACCGUCGAAAAGUUUAUAGUGAAUUUUGUUUUCUGUAUAGAAGAAAAAAAAAAUCGGAAAAAUACCAACACUCGUUAUUUUUACGUAGAAUACUUUUUUUCUUCCAAUUUUAUAAAGAGUGGGUAUGUUCCGAUAAUCGUCUCGAUGGCUCCGCGAUUACAGCCGCCUACGCUGCUAUCAUUAGCGCACAGCAAAGUUGCCCAAAAUUUGGCAAAUAUCUGUCGAGUAUUGCAUACGUUGGCGCAAGAAACCUGCGUCGCUCAUGUACUCAAUUUAACCAAGAACACGUUGAGGCCAAUUUGGCAGUCAACGGUGCCGGCCUCCAUAAGGGCCCAACUACUGGAACAGACUACGUCGUUAUUAACCCUGCAAUCCUCCGAUAACGCCGGAUCCACGACUGGAGCCGCUCCUCUAUACCUGCUGGUCUUACUGCUGGCCAAAGAUAUCAAAAAAAUACGCAUCGAGUUGUGUUGCUACUACGGAUGCAGCCAUCAAACAACGUUGCUCAAAUUUCUCGCCAACGAAGGCAAAGGACUCGAGUCGCUGGAAUUGGCUAGAUCAACCUUACUAAGACUAGAUCGCUCAUUGCUCCAAUCAGUUCUGCUGUCGGCCACAAAUCUGAGGCAUCUAACGUUCAAGAACAUAGCCAACGAUAGUGUUUUACAAAUUAUCGGACACCACUGCCCUAAUCUAGUUUCGUUGGAUGUUUCGCAUUCGAAAGAAGUCACAGAUGCGGGACUGCAGCAAUUAUUUUUACAUGUCGAAAUACGAGAUAAAUUAUGGAAAUCUACCAAGAAACACGUGCAGAAAAAUCCGCUCGUUAGAUAUAAAAAGAAUAUUCAUAACUUUACCAAAUUCUUGAAAAAACUCUGCUUUCCGUCCCGUGAACGAGACACCCUAUCAAAAGACCUAGUUACCAUAUUAGAAUACUGCGAACUACGAAACAACCUGUGUUCGACGCUGAAAUACCUAAACAUAGCCAAUACCGGAGUUACCAACGCUGGCAUUUUACUGGCCAUCCUUCAUGUUCCUGGUCUCGAAUCCUUAGGCGAAUACUGCCACAUCGGCAGAGCGCUGGAACUGCUCGAGCAAACCAUACGUCAAGAUUUUUCAAACCAUUACUUUCAAUUAAAAUGCGUGAACAGUUCGCGAACGACGCAACAUCGCUUAGAACUAAUUUCCGAACGAUUUCCUCAACUGAAGAAGUUGAAAAUCACCGAACCGAUGUACCUACCGAAAUCCUUGUUCAUUAUACCUCGCACCGUAGUCUCGCUCAGUUUACAAAGUAUCCCGUCAAACGAACAAUGGCUACAGAGCAUUUUCGACUUUCUAAACGGGCCUCACGGUCAAGUGCUGGAAGAACUUUCAUUACGUUUCUUCCCCGGAGACCUUUUACCGUCGGUAGACUUACACGAUGUUCUACCAAAUCUUCGAAACCUGAGGAUAUUCAAUUUAGACGGUGCCAAUGUUGAAUGGCGGACUGACGUCACCUUACCUCAAAUGGAUAAUCUGUACAAAGUACAAAUGGGUAAAGUGGUCAUGAUGAACGUCAUCUGCAACCUUCUCAAAUGCUGUCCGGCGUUACGAAUAAUGCACAUAUACUCGUGCAAUCAAUUAGACUUUAGCGAUCUCUUCGAUGCCAAACCAUCGCCGAGAUUAUCCGAAAUCGAAUGUUUCUAUAUUUACGAAACAGCCUGUCUAUCAAAGACAUUACUCCAAUCGAUAGUCGAUAAGUUACCAAAUCUCAGGCAAUUCGGAAAUAUUCGAAACUGCGGCCUAGAAUCCGAAGACAUUCAAGCUGUCGAUUCUUGGAUCGUUCAGAAUAAUUUUGAUCUUCAAUUGUACGCCGGUUCGCAUUGGUUCUCGUCGUCGUGCUUUCCGUUAUAAGCCAUUUUCAAAAUAUUAUAUUAUUAGAACCAUUUAUUCGUAUAAUUUUUCGUAACUUUUCAAAUUGUACUGUGAUACUAGAUUUACUCUUUCCCCCGAUCGUUUUAAUAUUGUAACCCUGAUAAAUUAUUUUUUUAACGUUAUCGAGGCUGCGUACGAUGGAAGUCGAAUAAUAUCAUCAAUGUGUUCCAGUAUUUCAUUUCUUUAAAUUAAACAUCUUUGAUAAUUUUGUAAUUUUUUUUUCUAAAUUACAUGAUGUUUUUUUUUGGAAAUUAAAUUGGAUUAUUUUGUUUAA